ACUCCUAAUAAGUGCCCUAGAGGUCUAUUAGGCAGUGGAAGUGGCUGCACGGUUUGGAAACUUCCCACUGUUCCCGGCGUGCUCCAGUAGCAGAUACGGCCAUUUUGCUGCCACCCGCGUCAUCAUGUCGCUGGCAAAGAGAAACAACGGUUGUCUCGAGUGUCGCACGCGCCGAGUGCGCUGCGAUAAGACAGAGCCCGAAUGCUUCAAGUGCUGUAAAAAGGGCAUCAAGUGCUCAGGCCAGGGUAUCGAGUGCCGAUUCAGCUCCCACAUGAAAUAUAGCAGCUCGCCACGGCCCUCACAGUCCACAAAUCGCACUGCUGGAGAUGGUGCUAAAGCUUCGCUGCGUGCACCAAAUCGAUACCGAUGGGUUGUCGUAAACAGCAAACAGCCAGGAUCUUCGCCCGAUACAGCGCGGUUGGCUUCUCGCCGAGCUUCCACUACUCUAUCAAAGAUUUCAAACAAACGCCCUCUCGUCGGCCCUCUUCCAGAUAUACCCACGUCCGACACAGAUUCUUCGGCCGAGAGCUUAGAAGAUGACGUGGAGGAAGUUUAUUCAAGAGAGAUGCGACUCUCCCGCCCGCAGCCUGCUAUUCAAGCUCUAUCUCCUCAAGCCAGACAAUUCUUCAGCUAUUUUUCGGAAACCAUCGCGCCCAAAAUGGUUGUCUUUGAUUUUAGUGGCAACGGCUAUCGCAAUAUCUUGCUUCCUCUUGCAUGUGAAGAUGAGCUUGUUGGACAGGCGAUAUCCGUUAUUGCAGCUUUCCAUCUAUCGCAAAACGCGCCGCAUAUGCGAAUGGCAGCUGAAGUAGGCCAACAAGCAAUUUUAUCGAAACUCUUCCGCGACUCGCUUCAACUGGAGCCAAAGAGACUUUUCAGCCUGUCAACAUGGGCGACGAUCCUGGUUUUACUUGUGGGAGACACGAUUACGGGCGCGAAUAACUACGUGCAUCUGUUAGAGAUUCUCUCAAAUUUGGCAAAAUCGUCCGAUUCGGUAGAGUCUCUGUCAAUGACUACAAGGGAAUUUAUCAAAGAACAAACACGAAUGUUCGAACUCUUUGGAUUUCCACUGUCCAGCGAAACUAAAGGACUACAAGUCUUGUCGAAACGCCCCGACUACUAUCUAGACUUCAUGUCUUCAAGCCCAUCAGUCAAUCAAGACCCGGAGCAAUUUGCCAAUGUUUCUGUCAUGAAAGAAGCUAUUCGGCAGGCCUGCGAUUUAUACCGAAAUCGCGCCCUCCAUCUCAUAUCUGACGAAGAGUCUAUACAAUCAGUAGAACGACUCCGAGAAACGGUUCUUGAUCUAGAGCCUAGUGUUGAUGGAUGCCACGCUCUGGUUUGGACAUACUUUGUGGCUGCCGCAGAGAGCAUCUUGCCCGAGCAUCGAGAUUUCUUUUCCCAUCGACUCCAGAGCCUGUACAGCUGCACCCACUUUGGAACCAUUCCUAUCGCCGUCCAGACUCUUGAGCACAUAUGGGCGAACCAAGGCUCUCAGAGAUGGACUCAAGUAGUUACCCGACACCGCCCAAUUUUAAUCAUGUGAAGAUAAAUGAUGUUAC